UAUCACAUGGCUUCUCACAAGGAUUUAUUGAAGAUCGUUCUUUUUGUCUUUACUUUGUGGCAACUGUUAAGUGCCGAAGAGGUAGUGACAGAGCCUUUUAUUCCGGAAUACGAUGGAGAAAACAUAGUGCCUGUUGAUCCAGAAGGUUGCCCAAGAAAUCGUGAAGAAGCAGCUUCCAAGGGUAGACAGUGUCUUCGAAAGUGUGGUUCUGAUGACGACUGUAUCAGUUCAAGAAAGCGGUGCCUCUGUGAUGGACUAUGUGGCUGGUCCUGCAUAAGACCAGAUCUACAUUGCGCUGAGCUGGGAACCAUGGAGAAUGGCCACCAUAAACUUCAAGGAGACCAUUUUGGAGCUCGGGUAAUGUAUUUCUGUGAGGAUUCAUACUGGAUGUCUGGUCCAAAGGAACGAGUUUGUCAAGGAGAUGGCACUUGGAGUGAUCAUAGUCCAGAAUGCCGACAAAAAGCUAUGUGUGGAAUACCACCUCAAGUUCCUCAUGCUCGUCAUAAUGCUUCCGAAACUGCCUUAGAGUUCGACGUUGAUGAGGUUGUGCAUUACAACUGCUAUCAAGGGUACGAUCCACACGGAUAUUCUAAAGCUAAAUGUUUAUUUUUCAACGGUACAACGCAAUGGUAUGGAUUGGAUCUUCGAUGCAUUCCACGUUCCUGCGACCAUCCGGGUGAAAUAGAGAACGGCCGCCGCGAGGGGGACAUCUUCACCUUCACCAGUCGCGUCACAUACCACUGUGACCCCGGAUACGAAUUGGUGGGGCGGGCCAACCGUUAUUGCCAGUCGAAAGGAGAGUGGAGCGGAGUUUUGCCUUCAUGCCGACCCGUACAGUGUUUGCAGCCCAAGGAUGUUAACAAUGGCCGCGUGGUAUAUUCGGCUAUGACAUACAAAUCUGUAGCCCGGUAUGAGUGCCUUUUUGGGUACAGAUUGGUGGGACCAACAACAAGAAUAUGCGAGACGAACAAGCAAUGGGAAGGAGAAGAGCCUUAUUGCGAAGAAAUCAAAUGUGGCAGCCCCGGCAUCCUACACAAUGGCUAUGUGAAGGGGUCCAGCACACGUUUCUCUUCUGUGAUUUAUUUCAGCUGCCUGGAGAACAUGACCUUUGUCGGGGAAUCUGCUUCCACGACAUGCCAACACGACGGGACGUGGAGCCAUUCUGUGCCUAAGUGCAUGGCCCCAUGUUCGGUUCCCGCCAUCGACCAUGGAAGGGUGACGAAUUAUUCUCCAGAUGCAAAAGUAGGGCAUGGAAAGCAUAUCACUGUCGACUGCAUAGCGCAGUAUGAGCUUCGAUACAACACAACUCCAGCGACAUGUAACAAUGGAUCUUGGACACAUAUUCCUACUUGCAUACCAGCCAGAUGUAAAACAUUGCCCAAGAGACCAAGAUCUGGUAUGGUAAUCGCACCCAAGACAGACCAUGGAAUGAAAGCCUUAUUCCGGUGCAAAGAUGGCUACAAACUAAUUGGACCUAACGUUACUGAAUGUAAAUUCGGUAGGUGGACUGCAGAUACGCCUGUUUGCAAUGAAACUUAUUGCCCAUAUCCAGGAUUACUCGAAAAUGGCCGCAUUCUUCUUGUUGGGCACAUGGGAAUGUAUGAUUAUAGACCCUACGUGAAGAAGAUCACCAACAAUCGGCAAAUCAUGUACGAGUGCGAAAGACACUUUACCCUGGUGGAAGGACCCCCGGGGGCCACUUGCGUUGAUGGAAGAUGGAGUCCCCAGGAGAAGCCAAAAUGCAUUCGUGGCUCGCAUCCCCAAGUGAGAUGGGAUCGUUCUGUGCGGGAAAAGAGAGAAGUUGCCAUCAGAAAACAGAGAAGACUGGAUAUGACGAGAAACAAAUGGAAGAAAAGGAGUAAAAGGAAGAACAAAGGUAUAUGCAAACCUGUUGAGUCUACACCCUGGAUGGACGUCACUGUUGUUAAGAAAGGCCGAGGACCCAACUUGAUGGCAUCGAGGGGUGCUGUCAUUCGCGUCACGUGCGGAUGGGGAUAUUCCCUAAACAUUGGUAACAAAACGGCCAGAUGUGCUGCAGGAAGAUGGAGGCCUAAGAAGCCAGAAUGUGUCACGAGACCAUGUGAGCUUCUACCUAUAUCCCAUGGAACUUAUUUAGAUGGUUACAGACCUGGACUAACCAUAUCCCACGGUUCAACCAUACGAUACAGCUGUGAUAAUGAUUACGCUAAAGCAGUCUCCGAUCCAGUGCAAUGUUUAGAAGGGAAAUUGCAGCCGAAUAUCCCCAAGUGUCUGGCAGUAGCUUCGAGAAAAAGCGAAUUUGGAUCGUCAACUGCUCAACUUGUCAUGACUCAAAUCGACUCAACAUUGUCUGAGACGUCAACAUCAACCUCCUCUGACCUUUGCACCUUACCAGAAAGGCUCCAUAAUACUUUACUGUACAGAGGAAGUACUUUCAUUGAACCACCUAACUCAAAAGGAAUGCAAUCUACUGCCAGUUUAAAGAGAGACAAUCUGCCGAGUGGUAGUGGUGGGGCAAAUCGCUACUUUCCUAAUGAAACAGAAGUUCUUUUUAAGUGUCUCUCUGCAUACAGUGGAAAGAAGACAACUUGGAAAAUAGUUUGUCAGGAUGGAGUUUGGGUUGGAAGACCUCAUAACUGUGAUACAAAGAUUCAUUCUCCAGCGUCCGAUCACAACCGAAAUAAAUCUUGCAUCUUCCGGAGACCAAAUCCAGACGUAGUUGCUUUUGUAAAGGACAAAAAGUUAAAUGUGGACAUAUCUAAGUUUCCCCCGGGGACGGAGAUCAUUUACAGAUGCACUGACAUUGGCAAGUUCUUAUUUGAAGGCAGCACUCGAAGGCGUUGUGUGGCUGGACAAUGGACAGGCUCUGAUCCAGUUUGCCUGGGAUUAUCACAAGAAUACGAUUACGCCCUAGAAAAAGCACCAACAAUUCUUUUUCGGAAUCAAAUCGGCCAGAUUGCCCAGAGCAACGACGGCAAGCUCAUUGUAUAUCCUGGAACUGUUUUGCAUUUGGAGUGUCUCUGGAUCCGAAAAUACGGAACACCGCAUUGGGAAGUGAGCCAUAAAAACAGAAAAUAUCCCGAAGGCUGGACAAGUGAGCCUGGCAGGGAUUCGCAAUUGGAAUACAGGUUAUCAAUAUAUCAUGCAAAAACUGAAGAUUCUGGUUUGUUUACGUGUGUUACUCCAAUGGGACAUCAACAUGCAGUUGAAAUAGUUGUUUCAGCUGUUCACUGCCAACCAAUACCAGAAAUAGGUGGUUUGAUACUCAGCACUUCAGUGACGAAGAUGAAUGUAAAAGUUGUGUUUUCUUGUGAACCAGGCCGCAAAUUAAAAGGAUACGAGCAAGCAACGUGCUUACCCUCUGGCCAAUGGUCAGCAAGAGCACCAAUUUGUCAGAAAGUUCCACUGUGUCCUUAUCCUGGUUCCACCAAAGGUGCAACUAUAUCAAACGUGAAAUUUUAUUACGAAAUUUCUGAAACUAUUGUUUUUGGUUGCAAAGAUGGCUACAAAAUCCAAGGGAGAACUGUUUUGCAGUGCCUUGACGGAGGAAGAUGGUCUGGAACGAUCCCCACCUGUCAUCCCUUGAAGAAAGGUUAA